UGAAAACAUUCAAACAAUUUUCUAACCUCUAGUGUACUUGUCAAAAAAUCAAAAGAAGUUUUUUCCCUUAUAAUUGAAAGAAAAACCUCAAUGAAAUGGCUGACAAUAAGGGAGACUUCCUUCGAUAUGCGGUUAUGGAUGCAGAUGUCUAUGCAAUGUGUGUUCAGCAUGCAUUAUCAACAGAAAAGGAGGAAAUAAUGGGAUUGCUCAUUGGCGAAGUAGACACUAUACAUAAGAGAUCAUACAUUAAAUCUACUAUGAUAUUGACCAGGAGUGAUAAAAAACCAGAUCGGGUUGAGAUAUCACCUGAACAAAUUUGCACCGCAUCAUCCUACGCCGAUAAACUUGCAGAAAGAAUGAAAAGGCCUUGGAGGGUACUAGGCUGGUAUCAUUCACAUCCUCAUAUAACAGUUUGGCCUAGUAUUGUCGAUCUCCGGACACAAGCUACCUACCAAAUGAUGGAUCCAUUUUUUGUUGGCCUCAUUUUUUCUGUUUAUCAGACUAGUGGAAAUUCAAUGAACAACAGUGUAUAUAUUUGUUGCUUUCAAACGGUCAGAAAUGGUUCGUCAUGUGAUAAGAGAUGUGUAAACUUGGAAAUUGCACCAUCAAGUCUUAAAUCUUACAACUUAGAAGGAUCCAUAAAACUGCCUAAAAUACUAUAUGAAGAAGAAGUGAAGUCUCAUGAUGAACAAACCAGUGAAGAUAUGGAUAAUCUAACUCGAUUAUAUAAUGAAUCAAUCAAAACUGUGGAAUUAGUUCAUAUUGUAUCCUAUGUAGCAAAGCCUUUAGCAAUUGAUUUGGAGGAGAGGCUGAAUAUCACGAAAAAAAGGAUUGCAGAAUUGGAAAAACUCAAGAGACGUUUAAUAGCACAAAAAAACCAAUGAUACGGUUCUUGGUAUUGUUUAUAACAUACUUCCACUGAUUCAGAAAAGUUAGUUUAAUAAUAAAAUAAUUUAUUAUGUCUGUUAUUUCAAAAUUGUUUUUAUUAGGAGGUUGCUCAAUAUUAUCUAUUAUAUUUUUAUAUUUA